AGUGUGGGACAGUUUUCUUCUGCUGCCUUCAGAUCAAGGUGUAAAACUCUCAGCUCCUCCAGCACCAUGUCUGCCUGUGUGCUGCCAUGCUUCCUGCCAUGAUGAUAAUGAACUGAACCUCUGAACCUGCACCAAUACCUGCUGGGCAUGGUUAUACAAUGGUUAAUUACUCUGAACUAAGCACCCUGAUUCACAGAAUCCUAUGUGGAGCUGCAUGCAAAACCAAGCAAUUUCACAUUUGACGCGUAUCCUGCCAUAGAGCAUGUUUGGAGUGAUCCAGAAAGAGGAAUGUUUUAAUGAGGUAUUUUUAAAUUACUUCAAGGAAAAUAAAAUAGAAAUUGCUCAUGCAAUUACCAAGCUGUUUCCUUUCCUAGAAAGCCUAAGGGACCGCUCCUUCAUCACAGACAAACUCUAUGCUGAUUCUUACGAAGCCUGUAGGAACUCGGUUCCCGUAGCAAAAGUGGUGUACAAUGUUCUCAGUCACCUGGAGAAGUGGGACUCAUCGUUUCUAUGGGCUCUGUUUAACAGAGUGAACCUGAAGGAAUAUCCUGCGUUAAGAGAGAUUCAUAAAAGCCUGGAAACUGAGCUACAGGACCGAUCCUCUCCCCAGAAACGUAAGCAGGAAGAGAAGAAGCUUGCCACUGUGCACCCAAGUUAUGAGCAAGGGACAAACCUAUGCACACAUAAAAACUGGGCACAGCCCUGUUCUGUGAAACAAGAGAACCUACAGGAGCCAGAGACACGGCAGAACCAAGUGGAUGAGAUCAUUGUGAUCAGCAGCGAGAGCUCAGAGUGCAGCGACGAGGAUGAGGAGGACCAAGCCCUGGGCACCGGGACUCAGGAGGCAGAUGGACAAAGAGGCUGAGGACUCUGUCCCCCAGGAUUCCAGAACAUAGAGCUUCCCUCAGGAUCUCACACCUCCUAUGACCAACCACCGUUGGAGGACAUUGAGGAGUCCAGGGGCUCAGUCUCAGCAAUAUGUUUUCUGACACUUAAGUGGGACAAUGGCAAUGGGAGAGUGUAACAAGGUCCCAGACCUUAGCACAGCUGACUCCAUGCUGGAAGAGCCAAUCAGGCUGGAAAACUCAGUAUGUGGGCAGCACCAUCUGCCAAAAUAAAAACAAAGACCCAGUCUCCCAUAGUUCUGGGAAAGACUCUAAAUACACUAACCUUGCUUUUUUUUUUUUUUUUUUAGCUUCUGUAGUUCUGCUUCUGGCUAACUGUCCCUGUUAACUAAGUAUGUCAACUCAAAAUAUAGUUUUUGUGCUUAAUAGUUCACCCUUAGAAAGGGUUGGGGCUACUCUGGGAUCCUGAACACCCAGCACAGUCCCUGGAUGGCUAAGGAAGACUUUCUGUCAGCUUAAAUCCAUGUUCCAGCAGCCUUCUCUGGUGGAUAGUCUCUCUCUGACCCACCAGAGAGAGGACAGGAAAUGCUCUGAAGCAUAAUAAAAUGUAUAU